AUGCCGCCGCGUCGCAGGAGCCGCCGCCAAGAGCCGGUCGAGCAGGUGGAGGAGGAGGAGCAGCCGCAGCAGCAGUCCGAGUCCGAGAAUGCGCAAGAGGAAGAGGAAGAGGCCUCGGAAAACGAGCCAGGGGACCACGCCGCCGGCAACGGCAACGACAACGUGGCGCCGGGCGAGAUGCGCAGACUCCAGUUCGAUCAGGAGCUCACCUGGCGGCCCGCGAAGCCCAUUCCCAGCGCCACCCUCGUCGACCGCCUCGAGAGGCUGUCCAAGGAGCUCGCCGACUUCGACCAGGGCGAGGUCGACCUGGACUCGAUCAAGCCCGUCACCGCCAGCCUCGCCCACCGCAACCUCCUCCAGCACAAGGACCGCGGCGUCAAGGCCUACACCGCCUGCUGCCUCGUCGACAUCCUGCGCCUCUUUGCUCCGGACGCGCCCUUUACGGACGACCAGCUCAAGAUGAUGUACACUCUUUUCGUCAAGGAUAUUCUCCCGGCCCUCCACGACCCGUCCAACCCGUACAGCAGCCAACACAAAUAUGUUCUCGUCUCCCUGACAGACGUCAAGAGCAUACUUUUACUUUCAGACAUACACGGCGCCGACGAGCUCCUGCUGCGACUCUUCAAUUCCACCUUCGAUGGCGUGUCCUCCAGCUCCAAGGCCGUGGCCGAGGAGCAGGUGGCCAAGGACGUCGAGAUUCACCUCACCGAGAUGCUCACCGAGUUGAUAGACGAGUCGUCGGGCAGCGUGCCGUCAAGUGUUAUCGACGCCAUCAUCAGCCAGUUCUUGCGGGCGGCACCGCCUGGAGGAGGUCGAGGCAAGGAUCACGGCGAGAAGCAGUCCACCCUUCUGCACAAGACGGAGCCCGCCGCCUACACCAUGGCCAAAAACAUUUGCAACGCGUGCGCCGACAAGAUGUCCCGCUACGUCAGCCAAUACUUUAGCGAUGUCAUCCUCAACGCCUCGGGCUUCGCGACCAAGUCCAACGGCUACCGCCAAGGAGACGAGUCCGACGAAGAGGACGCCAAUGCCGGGCCGUCCGAGGCCGAUCUCAAGAGCCUUCGCCAAGCGCAUCUUCUUAUUCGCGAGCUCUGGCGGGCUGCACCCACCAUUCUCCAGAACGUCGUCCCCCAACUGGACGCAGAGCUGUCCGCCGAUAACGUCCACCUCAGACUCAUCGCGACGGAGACGUUUGGCGACAUGAUUGCUGGAAUCGGCGCUGCGGGGCCUCCACCGCCGCCAAUUCUCGAUCCUACUGCUUAUCCGCCCCUGAGGCUGAUGGAAGAGGCGGCCUCGCCCGAACCCACCGAGGGCAACGUCCUGACGAAGCCCUACUCUCCGCAGUCCUUUGCACAGACACACCAUGCGACAUAUCGCAACUUUGUCGGCAGGAAAAACGACAAGGCUGGCACUAUCCGCGCCGCCUGGGUCACUGCCGCCGGAUACAUCUUGGCGACCUCGGCCGGAGGCAUUGGUCUCAGCAGAGAGGAGGAGAGCGAGUUGGUCAAGGGGCUGGUGGAGAAGCUCAACGACAGCGAGGAAAAGGUCCGACUGGCUGCGGUCAAGGCCAUUGAGCUGUUUGACUUCCGGGAUGCCAUCCUCAAGCUCGGGGUUACUGGCGGUGUGGAAAAGGAGGGCUCCGUCUUUGCCAGUCUGGCCGACCGAUGCCGCGACAGGAAGCCAGCCGUUCGAGUGGACGCGAUGGUCCUUCUGGGCAAGCUGUGGGCUGUUGGAGCGGGCGAGAUCGCCGACGGCCAAGAAGCCGUUACGGCGUGCCUGUCGGGCGUUCCUUCGCGCAUCAUCAAUGCCUUCUACGCCAAUGACCCCGACCUGAACGUUCUCCUCGACAGGGUCAUGUUCGAGUGCCUCGUACCCCUCAAGUACCCGCUCAUCAAGGGCAAGGCUGCAAAGAGCGCCUCGCAGUCGUCCCAGGCCAAGGGCGGCGCCGGUGCCGCGGAUCAGGACCGUAUCCGUGCCGAGAGAAUCCUCUUGAUGGUCAAGUCGCUCGAUACGCCCGCGCAAAAGGCCUUUUUCGCCAUGCAGGCCCGGCAGCCUCAGUUUGCUAAGGGCGUGGGCAUCUUCAUCCAGCAGUGCGAGGCCUACAACGGCGGCGUCAUCGAGGCCAACGAAGACAAGGUCAAGGCGAGCCUGGCCAAGACAUUCCAGUGGCUCGGCGCCUUCUUCCCGGACCCCCUCAAGGUCAGGGGCGAUCUCCAGAAGUUUGCCAAACUCAACGACCGCCGCAGUUACCAGCUUGUCAAGUACGCCAUCGAAUCCGAGAGCGACUUUAAGACGGUUCGCCGAGCCAUCAACGAGCUCAUCACCAAAAUUCAAGCCGGCUCCGCCUCCGGAUGCCUCGACACAAUCAUCCCUCUGUUGUACCGGUCAAGCUGCCUCAUGUUCAACCGCAGUCAUCUCGCCACGAUCAUGGACUACUCCAAGAGCGACAAGGACGGCCUCGCCGCCGUCGCCCACUUGGUGCUCAACGACAUCUCGCAGCGAAACCCUGACAUCUUCAAGGCCCAUGCCGAGGAGCUCCGCAAAGAGAUUAUCGAGCAGGCGCCGACGGACAAGCGGACCAACGACCCCACGGUCGCCGACAUUCUCAAGGCAUACUCUUCUUAUUCCAAACGAUACCCCAAGGACAUUAAUUUCGACCGAAGCUUCAACCAGACCCUGAUGAACUACGCGCUGUACGGCUCCCCGCCAAAGUGUGGCAAGUAUGCCGUCAACAUUCUCCUCGCGAGAAACGACGACAAGAGCAGGGUCACGGCCACGAAUCUGCUUAGAAACCUCAUCAAGGGCCUGGCCUACGGCAGCCCGCAUUUCCUUACUCGAUUGGCCGCCAUCAGCCAACUUGAGCGGCUGGCACCUACGGUCACGGCUGACUCGGACGACGCCAUCCACGACUUGACCAUUAAGAAGAUCUUGCGGGAGGUGCGCACGGACUCAAAGGGGGACGCAGAUCCAUCUUGGGUUGACGACGCGGACAUGGACGAGGAGCUCCAGGCCAAGAUGUGGUGUCUCAAGAUUCUGGUCAACAAAGCACUUGCCACUGAGGAGGAAGCGGAUGCCGAGGAGCACGUCAAGCCGGUGCUCAAGCUGCUCAAGACUUUCAUCAUCAACGAGGGCGAGUUUUGCAAGACCAAGGACACUCCGUUGCAUCACAAGAAGCGCCUGCGACUCCUGGCUGGGCUUUUGACCCUGAAGCUAUGUACCGUCAAGAAGUACGACGAGCAGCUCGACCCAUCAAGCUUCAACAAGCUGGCCGAGCUGGUACAAGACAGCGAACUUCAGGUCCGCCGGCGGUUCAUGGAGAAGCUGCAAAACUACUUGACGCGGGCCAAGCUUCGCGCCAGGUUCCACACCAUUCUCUUCCUCGUUGCUUUUGAGCCCGUAGCGGACCUCAAGAAUAGGGUGGAGACGUGGAUCCGGUCGCGAGCUCGGUACUACGGAGAGAAGAAGCAGCAGAUUCUCGAGGCGAUCAUGGGCCGGUUGAUACCUCUGCUGGCGCACCACCCCGAUUACACCUCAGACACGGAUGACUUGGCAGACUUUGCCAACUACUUCUUGUUCUAUUUGGGCGCCCUCGCGACCGAAGAGAACAUCUCUCUGAUCUACAAGUAUGCCGAGAGGGUCAAGCAAACAAGGGAUGGCGUCAACCCCGAAGCGAGCGAAAACCUGUACGUGCUCAGCGAUCUGGCCCAGGCAGUGAUCCGCAAGUACCAGGAGAGGAGGAACUGGAGCUUCCAGGCCUGGCCCGGGAAAGUCGGGCUUCCGACUGGGCUGUACACGGCCCUCCCCUCAAGCGAGGUGGCGCAGCAAAUUGCGAAGAAGCAGUACAUUCCGGACGAGUUGGACGAGCGGCUGGACGAUCUCAUCCGGGCUUUGGACCGCAAAAAGAAGCGCAAGUCCAUGGGUGACGGGUCUGAGCCUGCCCCGAAGCGCGCAAAGACGCAGAUCAAGACAGUCAUACGGGAGAAGGGCGAGCCGAAAACCAAGGCGGCCAAGGCCAUCAAGAAGAAGGUCGCGAAGCCAAAGUCGUCGAGGCCCAAGAAGCAGGCCGCGUCAUCGCCACCAAUCCCCGAGGCAGACCGCCGCCGCAGCGGCCGCUCCCACAAGGCCUCCAACUACAAGGAGCGGGACGACCAGGACGACGAGGAAGAGAUGCUGGACGGCGUGGCCGAGUGGACGUACGAGGGCGAAGGCGAUUCCUCGGACGAGGGGCCAGAAGCCAGCGAGGAGUCCGGUGGCGAAGAAGAAGCCGCGGACGACGAUGGCGGCGACGAGUCAGAGGAGGAGGAAGAGGCGGCCCCUGCGAGCAGCAGGAAGAACGGACAAAAGGCCAAGCCCAGGACGGCCGCCGUCAAGGCCAGCGUCCUCGCGCAGCUCGGCAAGGGCAAGAAGGCGUCAUCUGCGCGGGCCCGUGGCGGCCGCAGAGGCGCCGCGAGGGACUCGUCUGAUAUGGACGUCGACGACGACGACGAAGACUGA